AAGUCUAGUCAUGUUUGACUCUGGGGGUUGGUGCUCAUCUCCCUUUCUAAGCUGAAGAGCCGAUGUUGUCCAAAGACACCUCCAAGGUCAUGACUGCAUGGAACGCUGCUACCUUCCUGCCGGAGCAGUACCUAUUGAUCAUAUUAGAAUGGUUUCAAACCGCUAUGUUGGCGGAAGCUAGGGCUAACAGCAGGAGCUCACCCUGCUCCCUGGAUUCAAACCACCAAUUUUUCGGUCAGCAAGUUCAGCAGCUCAGUUUAAUCUGCUGCGCCACCGGGGCUCCUAUGGUACAAUAACAAGUACUAUAUGCAGACAUAUAUGCAGAUAUUAUGGAACUAAUACUCAUACUGCCCCAUAAACUAACACAAAACCUUGAAAUUUUGCUACUGGAGAAUUCCCUAUUGAUUCACAUUUGUUCCUGUUGCAAAGCAACAGUUGUAGCUGCGAAGGAGGAUUUGCAAUCCUUACGACCUGAAGAGCUGGUUGACUGGACAGAUACAGCAAUACAUCAAUGGCUUAAUAAGACCAAUUCAGUUUUGCUGCCUGAAACCAAAGAGUUUCACCUGGUGAAUUGUCUUUAGAGGAUUUGUUUUAGAAAGCCAUUGAACAUAAAGUGAGAGUUGGACAAAAGAAACAGUUUAUUUCUUUGGGAACUGCUAUGAAUUUUCUCAUAUUCAGGGGGACUUUUUGUCUGCAUCUGCCAGGACUCCAUUUUUAGGUCUGUAGGCCUUUAUCACUGCACAGUGAAUAGCACUAUAAUGUGCCUGUGUCCUAAAUGGAUCCUGGGAUUGGUAAUUCAAUCAAAGACAUUUGAAGCAUGCGCUGGCUGAAGAUUCUAAACUGCACUCCAUAGGGUAUUGCCAUGAGAAUGAAAUCAUUUUGAUUAAGCUGUCUAAAAAGAAGUCCUGAUCCGUGCCUGACAUUUCUGGUUACAGGCAUUACAUUGUUAAGAUCUCCACCAUCAGAUUAUUAAGGCGAGUAUAAAAUUGCUGGCACAGAAAAAGCCACUCAGGUCAAUAUUUAGCAAAUGCUAGAUCUGUGUUUGACUUACAAAUAAGUCAGUUCAAUUUGUUGUUGAAGGCUUUCAUGGCCGGGAUCACAGGGUUGUAUGUAUUCCGGGCUGUGUGGCCAUAUUCCAGAAGUAUUCUCUCCUGACGUUUCACCCACAUCUAUGGCAGGCAUCCUCAGAGGUUGUGAGGCAUGGAUAAACUAGGCAAGGAAAGGAAAGCAACACUGAGGACAGAGGAGCCCCAAGGACGGCUAAUGACUGAACAAAGGAUGCCCAUAGAAUCAUAGAAUAGUAGAGUUGGAAGAGACCUCAUGGGCCAUCCAGUCCAACCCCCUGCCAAGAAGCAGGAAAUCGCAUUCAAAGCACCCCCGACAGAUGGCCAUCCAGCCUCUGUUUAAAAGCUUCCAAAGAAGGAGCCUCCACCACAGUCUGGGGGAGAGAGCUCCUCCUCCCUCAGGCAAGAGACAAACCUUUCCAAUGCUAAUUAGGGUGAUUAACUGAAACAUUAAUGCUAGCUUCCAACUGACAAAAGACUCUUGUCACACCCUGGACUCUCCACAGAUAUAUAUAUUUUUCUUUCCUUGCCUAGUUUAUCCAUGCCUCACAACCUCUGAGGAUGCCUGCCAUAGAUGUGGGCGAAACGUCAGGAGAGAAUACUUCUGGAACAUGGCCACACAGCCCGAAAGACAUACAACAACCCUCAAUUCAAUUUGUUUCUUACUUAUGGUUACCCGAAAGUGCCCCUAUUGAGGGGGAGGGGAGUUGUUCUGGGAUUGAGAGAGUGGGACUCACUCAAUGUCCUCCAGUGAGUUUCCAUGGCUUAGCGGAGAAUCAAAGCCUGGUCUUCAGAGAUGUUUACCAACAUUCAAACCAUUAUGCUACGUGGAGUUCCUAAUUCCCUGCCAAGUGCUUUUUCCCACCAAGAAUAACCAAGGAUAACCAAGAAGGAAUGGACUUUGGAGUGAAAAGACUAUCUUCCAAGUCUAGAUCCUGGAAGAGAUCAAAAUAAACUCAGAGGCACCUUGUUCCUUUUUAUUAAGUGUGUGCCUGUUUUUACACCUAGCUUUAGUGGAUGUAUCCUUGGGAGUGUGUGGAUCUAACAAGCCUAAAACUAGUCCCCUGACCCCAACACCUUAAGAUCUAAACUGCAUUACAGAGCGAUGGAUUGCCCCCUCCUCAGGAGUCUUGGCUUUGUUUCUACUAGUUAGUCUCAGGCAGGAUCCAGUUUCCCUCUUGCUAUCUUCACGCUCUCCCUGGUGCCUGCUGGGGUGUGUGUGUGUGUGUGUGGUGGACUGACAGACCGAAGAGAAGCAGCCCUGGAGACAAUUGGCUGCUUGUAAUUGCUUAUUUCUGGUUGGGAUGACAGCUCCUGGGCCACACGAUCUCUUCGUGGGGGAGAUGAUGGGAGCCCAGGAGCCCUCAAGACUCCAUUUGCCUGGAUCCCGUUUGGGACGGAGAGGCGGCGUGACAUGGCAGCAAGACACCGCGGGGAACUGGAUACGGAGACUUGAAGCGGCAGCUGCACGUUCAGAAGCCUUAUCCAGAGGCUCUGAAGGACGGUCUACCAUUUCUUUGAGGACCACCAACCCCAGUAAAAGCUUCUGGAACCAGCAACAGCUUCACCGGGAAUUGCUCUUCACGCAUCGCAAAGGCCUCAGCCUUCGUUCCAAGCCAGAGUUGCUGCAGGUUUUAGAGCACCGAAACCGGCGUCGUGAAGGCACAGAAAGCAGCUUGGAACAAUCGCCUCUGGAGCAGGAACUUCUGCGAUGGCAGCAGAGAAGGGAACAGCAUCAUCAACAGGAAGCAACAGGUGAUACAGUGCCGAACCAGCCAGAGUUCAUCCGGGUCCGGGAAAACCUACGAAGGACACAAUGCAUGCAGGAUCCCCCUCCCCAGCAUGCAGCCUCUUCCUCAAUAUCCAAUCCGUUCCUCCGGUCUCAUCUCACCAGCAGAAAGCUGUUAAGGAUCCUAACUUCACAAUCCGAUGGAGCCCUUGAGGAUGAAACCCCAAUGCUUCAGGGCUCCCCAGAAGCCUUUGCCCUGUCUCAGGAUUCGCUUGCUGACACAUGACCUUCUUUCCCAUUCUCCUUUGACAUGCAUUCAUGGUGUGUAUCUCUAAACACAGGUACAUUCUGAUUCCCCAUUGUUCCAGAUCUAGGUAGAAAACCAGAAUGGAUCUUCAGUUUCCACUAUCCUCCAUUUGAACCCACUUGUUUGGACCAAUCUGAAAAGAAACAUGUAGGCAUGGUGCAGAUCCUAUUUGGGUUCCAUUUCUCUCCCUCACUAAUAAAAAUAUCCCAUACACAGCA